GUGUAUAUAUAGAGCACUUGCACUUGAACCACAUCACAAAUGUUCUCCCCUAAAAAUAAUUUUCAAGUCAUGGAAUAUCUCUUAGAGAUUUUAUGCCUUUUUUCUUUACUCUAUUCCUUUUUAAAACUUUUCAAUUUGAUUCUUAAACGUAGAAACCAAUCAUGUUACAUGUUAGCCUAUGAGUGUUUCCAACCAAAAGAAGAAACAAAACUCAACACAGAUACAUGUGUAAGAAUAGUCUCAAGAAACAGAAACCUUGGUCUAGAACAAUUCAGGUAUCUCUUAAACACCAUGGUCAGUUCAGGAAUCGGUGAAAACACUUACUGUCCAAAACUUGUUCAUGAAGGGAGAGAAACAUGUCCAACUCUCAAAGACACAUACGAAGAAAUAGAUGAAAUCAUGUUCGAUACACUCGACAACCUUUUCAAAAAAACAUGUUUCUCCCCUUCGGAAAUCGAUAUUCUUGUUGUUACUGACUCAUUGUUUUCGCCAAUACCUUCACUCACAGCAAGAAUAAUAAACAGAUACAAACUGAGAGAUGAUGUAAAAGUCUUCAAUCUUGCAGCAAUGGGAUGUAGUGCAAAUCUUGUAGCUGUUGAUCUUGUCCAACAGCUUUUCAAAACACAUGAAAACUCCUUAGGAAUUAUUGUUAGCGCACAACAGAUUGGUCCCCAUUGGUACAGCGGAAAAGACGAAAACAUGUUAUUCACUAACUGUCUAUUUCGUUCAGGUGGUUGUUCAAUGCUAUUCACAAACAAAAUGGAGCUGAAAAACAAAGCUAUCUUGAAACUGAAACACGUGGCGCGAACACAUUGUGGAGCUGAUGAUGAAGCUUACAAUUGUUGCCAUCAAGUGGAAGAUGAAGAAGGUUUUGCAGGUUUGCAACUAACCAAAUGUGUUGCUAAAUCUGCUGCACAAUCUUUGACAUUAAAUUUGAAGAGUAUAGUUCCAAAGAUUGUCCCACUUUCGGAACUAGUACGAUUUUUGACAGUUUUGCUAUGCAACGGUAUGAAGAAAAUGGUUAAAAAACCUAGGUUUAAUCUGUUAGGAGGUGGAAUAAAUUUAAAAACUGGAAUUGAACAUUUUUAUAUUCUUCCUAGUUGUAAAGAACUUAUUGAUAGACUUGGUAAGGGUUUAAGAUUGAGUGAGUAUGAUCUUGAACCGUCUAGAAUGGCGCUUCAUCGUUGGGGUAAUACUUCUGUUAGUGGAAUAUGGUAUGCUUUUGGAUAUUCGGAAGCGAAAAAGAGACUGAAAAAAGGUGAUAGAAUUUUGAUGGUUAGUCUUGGAUCUGGUUAUAAGUGUAAUAGUUGUGUUUGGGAAGUGAUGAGAGAUUUAUCUGAUAGCAAUGUUUGGAAAGAUUGUAUUGAAAGUUAUCCUCCACCAUCACUGGAAAAUCCAUUUAAGGAGAAGUAUAAUUGGAUUCAUGAUGAGGAUCUUGGCUUUGUUAGGUAUGAUCAUAGCAGAUUGAAGAUUUAUUAGAAGAUGAAAUCAUCAUGGUCAUCAUGAAUAUCAUGCAGAAUUAUAGUAUUUGUUCUGGUUCAUGUUUAAAGUUAUUAUUAUAGUAUUGUUAUUUGGUUGAAACCAAGUGUAUUGUGCUAUUAAUCGAUGAAAUCUGAAGUUCAUGGUUCAUCAACUGCACUGCUGUUUUAUUUACUGUCUAUAAUGCAUAAUCUUAAAGAAAAGAGGGAACCAUUAUUUUAAUCUAUAAAAUUUGUUUACGAUGUAACUCUUGGAGAGAUACUUUUCAUGAUGCUUUAACCUAUAUUGAUUAUGAUA